AUGAAGUUCAAAACUGUCCGAGAAGGACAGCAGGCGGUUGUCUUCAAUCAUUAUGGUCAAGGAAAGUUGAUUGUGGGACCAGAACGAGUUUUUCUCUUUCAAGAACGUUUUAUUCCAUUGCGAACAUACACAGCAGGCAGAUAUGAAUACGUAAAAAUUCACAUGAACAAUGGAUCAGUUAUGCACAAACCAGGCCCUUGCCAAGUGUUUGGAAAUCCACUGGAGAGCAGUUCCUGCAGUGUAGAAUCAGCCCAGUGUAUUGAUGGCAACCAUCUCCUGGUGGUGUACAGAAGAUUAAAGGGUGGAGAAGCAGAAAGAAGAAUCAUUCAGGGACCUGCAGUUUUUGUGCCCGAUGCAGAAGACUGGUGUCAUGAGUUCAAAUGGCAUGGGACAGAUCCAGCCAACAAAACUCGAAUGAUUCCAGGACUCAACAAAUUUCAACAGCUUCCUACCAUCCCUGGUAACUUCUAUUAUAAUGUUAGAGAGGUUCGUACAAGUGACGAUACCAUGCUAACUGUCAAGGUCAUGCUUUUUUACAAAAUGGAAGAUGUGCUAAAAAUGCUCAGUACAACUCAUGAUCCAGUGGCUGAUCUUAUCAAUGCUCUAUGUGCAGAUGUGAUAUCUUUUGUUGGACCUCUCACGUACGAACAGUUUAUAGAAAAAACCAGCCACCUCAGUGACCUGGAUACAUUUCCUCAGCUGAAAGAGAGAGCAGCAAGAAUGGGGUUCAAAGUUGAAAAGGUCGUAUUUAGAGGUUACCAUGCCUCAGACCAACUGCAGGAAAUGCAAAACGUUGCCAUAGAGACUCGCACACAGCUUCGACUACAAAGAGAAAUUGAAGAUCAAGAGCAGAAACUUUCAUGUUUUAAGCUGGACAAAUUGCAGGAGAGGAGCUGUCUUGAACAAGCAAUGGAAAUCAAACGGCAAGCACACAGACAGAAAAUGUCAGAGUCACAGCACAAACAAAAACUGGAAAUGGAAGAUCUGAAGCUGAAACAACAACUGGAGCUCUCCAAUUUGGAAGCACAAGUAAAUUUAGAAAACAAAGAAUCAGAAUACCAGCAGAAGAUUAGCCAUCUAAGCCGACUCAGUGGAGUGAAGGUCGAUUUGACAAAAUACCUGACCUUGGAGUACGACCAGCCUGCACAGGAUGAGAUCAUUGUGACAACAGCCUGA